AUGGCUUCUUCUUCUCCUCCUUCUUCCAGUGCCAACCAGGACUCCAAUCCAUCUAAUCUGCGACCUACAACCUAUGACACCUGGUGUGGGGUGGCACAAGGAUGCUCAAAAAAGCUGGGACUAAAGAUAUGUGGCUUUCUGCAGAGGAACAACAGCUUGGAGGACAAGAGCAGAAUUGUGAGUUCCUUCAAAGAGAGACAAUCGUCCAAAAAUCUUCUGGUCUGUGAGAACAGUGAGAAAGAAUCCAGGUUUAGACGUACCGAGACUGACUUCUCCAACCUGUAUGCCAGAGAUUUACUGCCUGCCAAGAAUGGAGAAGAACCCACCAUGCAGUUUCUUCUAGAGGUGGUUGACAUUCUCAUGAACUACGUAAAGAAAACCUUUGAUAGAUCCACCAAAGUCCUAGACUUCCACCAUCCACACCAGCUUCUGGAAGGAAUUGAGGGCUUCAAUCUGGAGCUGUCGGACAACCCUGAAUCCCUUGAGCAGAUCCUGGUGGACUGCAGGGAUACUCUGAAGUAUGGAGUCAGGACAGGUCAUCCCAGAUUUUUCAAUCAGCUGUCAACCGGAUUGGAUAUGAUUGGUCUGGCUGGGGAGUGGUUGACUUCAACGGCAAAUACAAACAUGUUUACAUAUGAAAUUGCACCGGUUUUUGUCCUGAUGGAACAAAUAACACUCCGGAAAAUGAGGGAAAUAAUUGGUUGGAAUGGAAAGGAUGGAGAUGGCAUUUUUUCACCUGGAGGAGCGAUAUCCAACAUGUACAGUAUCAUGGCUGCUCGAUACAAGUAUUUCCCUGAUGUGAAAACCAAAGGCAUGGCUUCUGUCCCCAAACUAAUAAUCUAUACCUCAGAACAUAGUCAUUAUUCAAUGAAGAAGACUGGAGCAGCGCUGGGAUUUGGUUCAGAGAACGUGAUCCUGGUCAAAUGUAAUGAGAGAGGAAAGAUCAUUCCUGCAGACCUGGAGGCCAAAAUCCUUGAAUCGAAACAGAAGGGCCACUUUCCACUGUACGUGAAUGCUACUGCUGGGACCACAGUUUACGGAGCGUUUGAUCCCAUUGACGAAAUGGCAGAUAUAUGUGAAAAGUACAACAUUUGGCUUCAUGUGGAUGCUGCGUGGGGAGGUGGACUUCUCAUGUCCAGGAAGCAUCGUCAUAAGAUGAACGGGAUAGAAAGAGCUGACUCCGUGACCUGGAAUCCCCACAAGAUGAUGGGUGUUUUACUCCAAUGUUCUGCAAUUCUCCUAAAGGAAAAGGGUAUACUUCAGGGAUGCAAUCAGAUGUGUGCAGGAUACCUCUUCCAGCAAGACAAGCAAUAUGACAUAUCAUACGAUACCGGAGACAAAGCAAUACAAUGUGGCCGCCAUGUGGAUAUAUUCAAAUUCUGGUUGAUGUGGAAAGCAAAGGGCACUGUAGGGUUCGAACAACAGAUCAACAAAUGUUUGGAGCUCUCCGAAUAUUUAUAUUCCAAGAUCUGCAAUCGGGAAGAUUUUGAGAUGGUCUUCAGAGGAGAGCCUGAGCACACAAAUGUCUGCUUCUGGUACAUCCCCCCAAGCCUCAGAGGUAUGCCCCCAAGCCAAGAGAGGCAAGAAAAACUGCACAAGGUGGCUCCAAAGAUAAAAGCUCUAAUGAUGGAAUCUGGAACAACAAUGGUGGGCUAUCAACCCCAGGGAGAAAAGGCAAACUUCUUCCGAAUGGUCAUCUCAAACCCUGCAGCCACCAAAUCAGAUAUUGACUUCUUGGUGGAAGAAAUUGAGAGAUUGGGUCAAGAUUUGUAAUAAAUGUGCCAAAUACACUGAACCCUCUAUGUUGGAGAAAUCUUCUCCUAAUCAGUUGAAUAGUAUUUUUGUUUUUUGGUGAAAGCAAAAGAAACCCUCCCUCAGUACAGCUCCUCUCUGGCAUCUUAACAAACAUAGGUUGCUGAAGUGUAUAUGUAGAGAAAAUAUUAUCUAACCCGUGUACAGUGACAACUGGCAUAAAUGUGUUUGUUAAGGUUGUCAGAUAUGUACAAAAUCCAAAAUAACCGAGUGUUGUAAUAUGUAUUCACUUGUAUGUCUGUCUGUGUGAAUAUUUAUGUACAGGGCCGGCCCUUGACAUAUGUAGUGUAGGCCUUUGCUUAGGACAGUAAAUAUUGAUAGGACAGGAUUCUCGAUGAGUUAAGAAGGGAAAGGCUAAACCUGAUAACCAUGAAAUAUGGAAUGUUCCUCAAAGCCAAGGAGCUCGGGAUGGUUUGUUUCACUUGUACGGCAAAUAUAAAUUUUUCCCAAUAUGUAAUAAGACAUUAACACUUUGUGUAUAGAUUCCUUCACUCACUAGUGUAAUGUUGCAUCCACCCAGCGAGGUAGGUUGUAUAGGAAACUACUUUUACAACACACCUACCAUUUUCAUCAUAAUCUCAUGGUAUAUUAAGGCCCUAUUACAUGGGAUGAGGAUCGGGCCAAUUAUCAGGAAUGAAUGUUCAUAUGAAUGCUUGUUGCCGUUAAUUGUCCCAUGUAAAGGGGUCCCAUCACCAAGCAAAUCUUUCAUGCAGCACCUAUACAACCAUCCUGCCAACAAAAUGCAAACUGGCCAUGUGAGAGAACCCUUACCGGUAUAAACAUAUGAAAGGAAAUGAAUGGUGUGUCUCAAGAUGAAGCUUAUGUUCUCCUAUACAUGUUGUCAAUUGCUAGGAGAUAGGCCACUACCAGAAAUUCCCUUGCAAACACUUCAUAGAGGCUUUUGUGAAAUGUGUUUUAGCAUUUAUGGUGGCCUGUUACUUUUAAUACUCAAACAUAAUCCUCUAAAUAAUGACAAUGUAACUCCACAUGUUGUAAUUACUAUUCCAUACCUUUCCUGAAUCUGUAUUUCUAAAUGUCUGUUCUUGGAGGCCUCCUCUCUUACGGCAUUGUGCAGGCUUGCCUGGUGAGCACUUGACUUCCAUUUCCACUUAAAGGGGUUUUCCAGGAGUUAAAUUCUCAGGUUAAGUCAUCCAUAUCAGAUAGGUGGAGGUCCGACUCCCAGCACCCCUGCUGAUUAGCUGUUUGAAGAGGUCAUGGUGCUUCAGUGGGCGCCACAACCUCUUCCUAGGCCACUGACGUCAUGUUCAUUGGUCAACUGAAUGGGGCUGAGCUGCAAAACCAAACACAGCUACUAUACAAUGGACAGCGCUGUGCUUGGUUUGCUGUGAGGAGGCGGCAGCGCUCACCUGCCUUUUCAAACG